AUGGCUGGCUGCAGUCGCUGGAAUCGGUCCGUCCACUCCAAUCCCGACGGCUGCAAGGAGACGACCUACUGCAUGGUCCUCGGCCCACGAAGAGACGGCCUGUUGCCACAAGCUUCACAUUUGUUGGCGUCCCAGAGAAAAAUCUCAGAGCUACAGGGUUUUGAAAUUGAGACGGCUGACAAUGCAGGAAUUGGGCCCAAAGCUGCACAUGAGUUGGCUUCCAUCCAAGUUGGUGGCUCACAUAAUCUCAGCUACACUCUUCGAGACCACAAGAACUAUUUAAGGGCCAAGCGCCAACGUGAGAUGGCAUAUGGUCAAGCUGGAAGCAUGCUUAGUUAUUUUCAAGAAAAAAUUGCCGAGAACCCAUCAUUCCAAUAUGCAUUGCAAAUGGACCGAGAAGAACAAAUAGCUAACAUUUUUUGGGUUGAUGCUAAAAUGCUCACUGACUAUGCAUAUUUUGGUGAUGUUGUCAGCUUUGAUACUACUUUUGGAACAAACAAGGAGAGUAGGCCUUUUGGAGUAUUUCUUGGGUUCAAUCAUUUUAGGCAGACUGUAGUUUUUGGUGUCGUUCUCAUGUAUGAUGAGACAUUUGAGUCCUUCAAAUGGCUAUUUGAGACCUUCCUAAACGCACAUAAUGGCAAGCAACCAAAAACAAUAUAUACUGACCAAGAUGCAGCAAUGGGAAAGGCUGUUAAGGAGGUCUUUUUAGAAUAUUGGCAUGGUCUAUGUGUUUUUCAUAUUAUGCAGAACGCUGUUAGGCAUCUCGCUGAACGUGACGAUGAAGAAUCAGAUACUCCUCCAAAAAGAAAGAAAAAAGACAACAAGGAAGAACCAAAAGAACCAAGUAUUCUCGCAGAUUUUAGUGCAUGCAUGUAUGAGUACGAAGAUGAAGAAACAUUUCAAGAAGCAUUUAACACUCUGAGGAGAAAGGCCAACAAGCAAACUUGGUUGGAUAGGUUGUGGAAGAUAAAAGAAGAUGGUUCAAAGGAACAAGAAACUGCAAAGAAGGGAGGUAAGAAAAAGGAAAAAAAAGUAGUAGUACAGGAAGCAGCAACAGCCCCAAUGCAAAAUAUUGAUCCUACUACUUCUUUGCCCGUGGAAGAAAUGUCUGCACCAUACAUGGCCAUCAACAGCUUCUCUCAGAUACUGAUAGGGGCAAUCACAAAUGAUGUUAUUGCUGAUUUCUAG